AAUUGGAUGCAUAAUGACAGGAACUCCGAAAUGUUUAGUCAAAUGCUAAAUAUUCCAAAAUUUUCAGGCUAUUCGGUUGAUCUGCACCAACUCUGGUCGAGCUCUAUUGUGCCUUACUGCCAGUGCUGUUCACAAGCUGUGGAACUGGCAGCAUGGUGAAUGGAAUCCCUCGAAGAAGCUACUGCAUACGUAGCACCCCAGUUGUGGCAAUCUCUCAGUGGAACACUUAUGACCAAUGACAUUAAUGAUGGUAAACCAGCUGAAGAGUCUGCUGCAUGCAUCGCUUUAUCCAAAAAUGAUUGUUACGUUAUCUCUGCCUCUGACAGAAAGGUUUCCUUGUUCAACAUGAUGACAUUCAAUGUCAUGGAAAUGUUCAUACCCCCACCUCCAGCAGCUACUUUUUUGGCGUUCCAUCCUCACGAUAAUAAUAUUGUUGCCUUUGGGAUGGAGGAUUCUACUAUUCAGAUAUACAAUGUCAGAGCUGAUAAGAUAAAGUUUCUCACUUGAUUUGUCAUUUUCUUUUCCAAAUUUCUAAAGCUAGUUUUAUGUUAAACUGACUAGUAAAAGGAUUAUGAUGAUAUUUUGAGAUCGACAAUGGAAAUAUGAUUCUGAUUUGGCUGAAUCAUUACCAG